UCCUCGCAGUUUCAAUCCUCUCCAUGCAUUCCCAAAACAGUUGGCAAUACCCAGGGCAACACAUCAAUCCUCGCACGGAACCUACGUUUCAUGUUGUGGAGUCCUGAAUUUUCACUCUUUGCCUCGCCCUCGCUGGCUGGUGAGGCGCAGGCUCUAGAUAAACUCGAUCCCUACGGUAGAAACCCCUGAUUGAAGCCGAUGUAGCUGGAAGCACAGUUUCCCCAUUGGAUCUUUUGGAUUGGGCACAAGGCACUUGCUAGCUCACCACGACAGUUGCGUGCAGUUGCGGGUGACUGAGGACAGAGAGAGCAAAUAUUGAAUAUUGAAUGCUGUGCUCCGCUCUGGCAGCAUCAUCAUGCUUCCUGUGGUCCUUGUCUUCUACAACCUUCUCCUUGCUGGCGUGGUCCUUGCCGUGGAGAAGGAUCAAGCAUGGGAACGGGUAAAGAGAUUUCAGCGUCAAUCCAAGGAACAACGUCAGUUUUCCGACGAAUGGAUUGCCCAUCAGUUCAACAACAAAGAUGGUGACCACCACUACAUAUACCAAUCACCUUGCCCAUGCUCCGACCCUCAGCUUUGCCAACCCAUUUCGUCCAACGAUGGCUUUCCCAUUCGAACCACAGGCGAAGUGUAUGGCUUUGCGGGGGGCAAAGAAAUCGGACAGAAUUUCAAUUGGACUCACAUUAGCACAGUGGCGUGGGCCAAUGAGGAUGAGCUCAUGUGUCAAGCCCACAAACACAACAGCCGAGCGGUCGUGGCAACUCCAUCCUUCAAUCUGACCCAUUUGGCAGAACUGAACGACAAGGAGAGACAAAGUCAAAUUCAGGAAUGGAUUGACAAGACACUCUCCAUGGUUAAGAGCCGUCAUCGAGAUGGAGUCGUCUUUGAUUACGAGGGGCCGUUGGGAGAGCAGAGCGGGGAAAUUCAAGCCUAUGUUGCCUUGAUCAAUGCCACACGACAAGCGUUCCAUUCCAAGUCAUCAUCGCCACCACUUCAAGUCACGACCUGUGUGCCGUGGUCUACCAAUUGCAUUGACGGACGGUGUUACCCGUACAGACGCCUUGCAGAUGUGUCGGACCUGGUCUACGUUAUGGAUUACGACACACAGUCCCAGAUCACACAGGGACCUUGCAUUGCCAAUGCAAAUGCUCCCUUGGCGGGGAUGAAGCAGGGGAUUCUAGAAUACAUACGACUGGGCGUGGAUCCUGCCAAAAUCAUUCUGGGUGUGCCGUGGUAUGGAUACCAGUAUCCUUGUUUAGAGGGAACAAAAUUGCAAGACAGAUUCUGCCCCAUUCCUUUGAAACCGUUUCGGGGCGUCGAUUGCUCAGACGCUGCUGGCUGGGAAGUUCCAUACAGCACACUGCUCUCGGAAUGGAACACGACACUACUAGUAGGCGACCAUCACACACCACCAGAACAUUCCACCACAAGGACAAUCAUGCCCCGAGACGACUACAUGGGUGCCUCCUAUUUCAAUAUGAUGCGGGAGAGGAAUGGCAAACAAGUUGUUCAUCAGAACUGGCUCGAUGACCCAACGUCGUUGAGCCAAAAGUUCACAUACGCAAAAUCCAUGCAGCUGGGUGGGGUGGGGCCCUUUCAGUUAGGUGACUUGAACCCAUCGACACAACCGAAAGAAUCCCAAGCCAUGUGGGCGGCAUUUGACUCGUUCUUUCCUGACAAGGAUGGAGAUGAUGAAGACACGACACCGGAGGCCAAGCUCAUGGCUGAGCAAUGAAGCAAAACUGGAACAAUCUCUAGCACGAUAAACAUCAUUAUUACUACAGGGCUGUACAUGUAACGAACUGUUGAGCUAGCCUGGCACGUCACGGCGCGUGGCGUUUGAUACAAUGCUUUCUGGAAUGAGGGAAGGGGGUAAACGAAAAAGGUGACAGAGAGCUUUUGCAACUACGGUGCGGGAGUACUAUUGUACGAGCAUUGGAGAUUGGAGCUACCGAGUCGAGGAAAAUGUUGAGCCAACUUUCCAAGCAGGUGGUCAGCACGAGUUCCAGUGGGCCCACUGCAAUUAUGACAUGGUCGACCGCAUGGGAAAGUGGCAGUGUUGUGAGCAUUUGUCUACUAAGCAGGAUUUACCAGUAGUGGUGACUACCAGGUACUCGUACUGGCGUAAAUUUAAUGCAAAUAAUGCUGAAUGAAGUGGGUCCU